AUGGCGGCCAAGCGGGGCGAAGAACCCAAUUUCCCACCGGCAGCGGACGUGGGCUACCGGGCCAACAACGCCCUUGUCGCCGAAGGCGAGGCCAUCGUGGUGCCCAGCGACGCCAACGAAUUGCUUCAAUACGAGGGUGAGCUGGUAGUAAUCAUUGGCAAGCAGUGCAAGAACGUGUCCGAGGAAGAGUCCCUGGACUACGUUUUUGGCUAUACUAUCGGCAACGACGUCAGCGAGCGGGUGUGGCAGCGGGGCGACCGCACCAUGUGGCGGGGCAAGAACACCGACACCUUCAAGCCCAUGGGCCCGUGGAUCGUCACCGACGGCGUGGACCCCGAGGACUGCGAAGUCCGCAUCGUCCUGAAUGGCAAGUUCAUCAGCAAGUACAACAUGUCCGGCGCCAUCUUUAGCGUGCGCCAGUACAUUAGCCGCAUGAGCAAGUACCUGACCCUCUACCCCGGUGAUGUCGUAUGGAUGGGCACCGACGGCGCCCCCGAAAACAUGAAGGACGGCGACGUCAUCAACAUCGAGAUUGACGGCAUCGGCGCCCUGAGCAACCCGGUGGUGUGGGAGAAGUAG